AUGUCCAAGACAUUUUCUAAGGACGAGGUGGCGUCGCAUAGCAAGCCCGACAACCUCUGGGUUAUCAUCGAUGAAGACGUAUACGACUUGACGAAGUUCCAAGACGACCACCCUGGCGGAAAGAAGAUUCUCUCCCGUGUUGCCGGAAAAGACGCUUCGAAACAGUUCUGGAAGUAUCACAAUGAGGGGAUUCUGAAGAAGUACAAGAGCCAGCUGCAGAUUGGAUCGUUGGAUUCCAAGAAGGCUGCUGCUGCGCCUGCCCCCGCUCCCGUCAAGGAGGCCCCUAAGCCCAAGGCGGCUGCGCCAGUCGAUGUGGUGGCUGCCAAGUCCGCAGCGCCCCUCGAUCCUUAUGGUGAACUGAUUCCCUUCUCGGAUCCCUCAUGGUACCAAGGCUAUCACUCGCCCUACUUCAACCAGACUCAUGCUACCCUCCGCGAGGAAGUUCGGCAAUGGGUAGAAACCGAAAUCGAGCCGUAUGUGACCGAAUGGGAUGAGGCCAAGCAGGUGCCCGACAAGAUCUACAAACAAAUGGGUGAGAGGGGUUACCUUGCCGGUCUCCUGGGUGUGAAGUAUCCCGUCAACCACACUCCCCACAGAGUGCAGUCGGUAGCGGCGGAGAACUGGGAUCUCUUCCACGAGAUGCUGCUUACGGAUGAACUAUCGCGUGCCGGCAGUGGUGGUCUGGUCUGGAAUUUGAUUGGUGGUUAUGGGAUUGGUUGCCCGCCACUGGUGAAGUUCGGCAAGAAGCCCCUGGUCGACAGAAUCCUGCCCGGCAUUUUGGCAGGUGACAAGCGCAUCUGUCUUGCCAUUACUGAGCCCGAUGCGGGCAGUGACGUUGCCAACCUGACAUGUGAAGCUAAGCUAUCCGCUGACGGCAAGCACUACAUUGUCAACGGUGAGAAGAAGUGGAUCACCAACGGUAUCUGGUCCGACUAUUUCACCACUGCUGUUCGUACCGGCGGGCCUGGCAUGAACGGAAUCAGUGUUCUUUUGAUCGAGAGAUCGGCUGGUGGCGUGAGCACCCGACGCAUGGACUGCCAGGGUGUCUGGAGCAGUGGCACCACCUAUGUCACCUUCGAGGAUGUCAAGGUGCCUGUGGAGAACCUCAUUGGCAAGGAGAACCAGGGCUUCAAGGUUAUCAUGACCAACUUCAACCACGAGAGAAUUGGCAUCGUGAUCCAGUGCGUACGAUUCGCCCGGGUCUGCUACGAGGAGUCGGUCAAGUAUGCGCACAAGCGUAGGACUUUUGGCAAGAAGCUCAUCGAUCACCCUGUGAUCCGCAUGAAGCUCGCACAUAUGGCACGUCAAAUCGAGGCUACCUACAACUGGCUCGAGAACAUCAUCUACCAGUGCCAGUCUAUGGAGGAGACUGAGGCCAUGCUCAAGCUAGGAGGUGCUAUCGCUGGUCUCAAGGCUCAGGCGACGACCACUUUCGAGUUCUGUGCCCGCGAGGCCAGUCAAAUCUUCGGUGGUCUCAGCUACAGCCGUGGCGGUCAGGGCGGCAAGGUUGAGCGGUUGUACCGUGAUGUUCGUGCCUACGCUAUUCCCGGUGGAAGCGAGGAGAUCAUGCUGGAUCUCAGCAUGCGCCAGAGCUUGCGUGUGCACCAGAUGUUUGGCAUGAAACUUUGA